AUGAGAGUGCAACUCAUUUGCGACGUUGUUUCGUUCCUAUUUUUAAUUGCAACGGCGACGGCGAAUUUAUCUUCCGGACAGAGGAGAGGAGCAACUUGCAUCCGACAACCGGAAGGCGUCGAUUCCAGCAAGACACCCGGUGAUAAUGGAUAUCGACUUAAAAUCAGCGGCAAUCCCGACAAAUACUUCCCAGGGGAAGUUUACACAGUAACUUUGCAAGGUUGGCGAUCGCAAAAUGUUCUGCAGAAAUUUAUCGGCUUCCUUUUAACGGCCACCCCGUCCAAUCCUGCCAUUCCGACGUCGCCUGACACAGCUGGAAGCUUCCGGCUAUUUAGCGACUCACUCAGCCGAUUUAGUGACGUCUGUUCAAAUGGAAUUACGCAAACAUCGUCGGUACCUAAAACUGAGAUCCAGGUCCUUUGGACCGCCCCUGGGCCCGGCACUGGUUGCAUCAAAUUCAGCGCCGUGGUAUUGGAGAAUCGAGAGCUGUGGUUCGCCGAUGACAACGGCCUGACCAAAGAAUUGUGUGCCGAUCCACAAGAGAACGAGGACGAGCAGCCCGAGAUCAACGAGCCCUGCUGCGCUUGCGAUGAGGCCAAAUACGAGGUCAUGUUCGAAGGGUUUUGGUCCCGUCAGACGCACCCGCGCGAUUUCCCAGCUAACGAGUGGCUGACACACUUUAGCGACAUUAUCGGAGCCUCGCACAGCGCCGACUACCGCGUCUGGGAGUAUGGCGGCAUCGCCUCCGACGGACUCCGGCAAGUGGCCGAAUGGGGAUCGACCCAAGCCCUGGAAUCUGAAUUGAAAUCCGAAAGCGAUCACAUUCGAACGAUCAUCAAAUCCCGCGGGCUUUGGUAUCCCAACGUCAACGGAAAAACCUAUGCGGUCUUCCGGGUCGAUCGAAAGCACCAUCUCAUGUCACUCGUUUCCAUGCUGGGUCCGUCGCCGGAUUGGAUUGUGGGUGUUUCAGCUUUGGAAUUAUGUUCACGCAAUUGCACUUGGGUAGAGAACAAGACGCUGAACCUUUAUCCGUGGGACGCCGGGACCGACAGUGGCAUCACAUACACCUCUACCAACUCGAUGACUAAUCCGCGUGAGAAGAUCACACGGAUCACAUCUUCCUACCCAGCGGAUCCACGUUCUCCGUUCUACGACCCGGCAGGAUCUGAUAUGAAACCGUUGGCUCGAGUAGUCAUUACCCGUCAGCGAGUCUACGAGAAAGCCUGUACUGACACUUCUACGAUUACUGAAGAUGCCGUUAGUCAUCCGGACAACUCUGGCGACGCCCUCAGACCCGAGUGUGCCGUGACUGAAUGGGGCCAAUUCAGUCCCUGCUCCGUCACAUGCGGUAAGGGCCUUCGCAUGCGCCAGCGCUUCUACAUCAAUCAAAUGAAAGCCGAAAUGACCAGGUGUGACCGUCAACUCGAAGAGAAAGAAAUGUGCGCCAGCGCCGUAGAACUUUGUGGGGAUGGAUCCAUGGUCAAAGACGACAUUUGCGCCGUGUCGGAAUGGUCCCAAUGGUCCUCUUGCUCCGUAACUUGCGGAAAAGGCUUCCGCACUAGGACAAGGAGAUACUACGACCGUAUGGGACGUAAGAAGUGUCACUUGGAAACCUCAGAACAGGAGAUGUGUAUGGGCAUGAAGUUCGAGUGCGAAGACUCCGGUUUUGACGAAUCGGACGAUCCCGAUUGUCUUGUCAGUCCCUGGAGUGACUGGUCACCUUGCAGCGCUACCUGUGGAAAAGGUAUGCAAGUGAGAAGCAGGAUUCCGCUGGUAAUAGGAAACAAUGGAGUUGCUGCUACCUCUUUACCUGCUCACUGCAACAUGGAUACCAUGGAGAAGACUGUCUGCAUGGCCGAUAAACCCGACUGCUCUUUCAGCAUGGCAGAUGCCAAAGCUAUCUGCAUGGAAGAAGUGGACGUUGGGCCGUGCCGUAGUUCCAGCUUUCCUCGUUGGUAUUUCGAUGCUCACAAGGGAAUGUGCAUUUCUUUUAACUACGGCGGCUGCCGCGGGAACCGGAACAACUUUGAAAAGCGCGAGGACUGUGUCAAUACGUGCGAAAUAUUAGGACGCGCUGGUGCAGAGGAUCCCCUGGCAGACCAAUUUGAUGAUGAUUACAGUAGUUUUAAUGGAAUGGACAAAACAAAUACCGGCAUCAACCAUCAUCAAAAUCAUCCACAGGCUUCUCCCAUUGAUUGCAUGAUCACAGAGUGGACACCAUGGUCAUCAUGCAGUACCACCUGCGGAAAAGGAUGGAAGGAAAGGCAAAGGAUGAUUAAGCUUCCGGCCCAAAAUGGCGGCAAACCAUGCCCGAAAAAGACUACGAAAAGACGCCAGUGCUACCGCCGACCCUGCGAUAAUAAAAGAAACAAGUAAAAUCGAUGACUAAAGGAACAAACCCUUCCAGUUAGAAGAAGUCGUGAUCGACCGCUAUAGGAGCAUCGUGAAUAAUAUUUUACAAAAUUCGGCUAAUUGACAAAAAAAAACUUUCUUUACUCUGUUCCCUUGCUUUUUAUACGUUUAAACUUGGAUCCAUCUCGUGGUGUAGUGAGAAAUAACGAAAGAUUUUUGAAACAACCAGGAAAAUUAUAACAAUACAGCAGCCAAUGUUUAUCUCAAUACCUAUGUAACUAAUAAGAUUUCAUAAAGAUUCCAUCUUGCUUUAUUGUCCGAAAUAAUAUGUGUGCGGUCUGUGUGGCACUGCACAUACAUCUAGAAUUUUCAAAUAGCUUGUAUGUUUUAAGACUGCUUAUCUAAUAAUUAACAAUGCGUGCUGAAUAAGCUAUACUAUUACAUAGAAGACGCAAAGAGGACCCUUAAUAAUAUACAAUUACAUUUAUAAGACGUUUUGAUGUUUAAUCGAUCACGCAUGUAUUUUUUAAUCAUUUCUUUCUCUUUCUCCGACGAUUUCGUUUGUAUACGCGAAUCAAUUCCUCACCAAUAAAUCAAUAUGCGAUGAA